GAACGGGGAGGCUUGGGAGAGUGACUUGGGUUGGUCGGAGUUGCAUGCAGGACCGGGUUUCCAGAGCACCCCCCUCCUGGGACAGACACGCGAGAUGCCACCCUCGCCAAGGAAAUCUAUCAAGGAGCGCGAGCUGUUCUCCCUGACCUCAUCUCUACCAUGUUGCUCGUGGCUGAAGGUAGUUCUGUGCAGCCACAUGCGUAAUCUAUGGAUGGUGCUCAUGGCCCUCACUGUGCUCUGUGUGGCCAUCCAGAUCCUAGGAGUCGUCUGGCAAUCCAGGAAUGAUAAGAUGUUAAGCGAGAAGCUCCUGAAUGUGCAGUUCACCAUCAAGAUCCAGAGAACGCUCCCGACGGAGCAGAGGGACUGGGUACGCUUGCGCUCUUCACACGCCCCUGUUGUAGAAGAGGAAAUGAGGUCACAGGAGGAAGGAGCUCUUAAACAACGGGCCAAAGGAAAGCAGAAGGUAGCAGAACAUCAACAUGGCAGAGAUGAGCCAGGGGUGGAGAGGCGUGUCCAGGAGCAUCACCAACAUCUAAAGCUCUCAUACACUGUCAAUAAGGUCAAAGACUCUAGGAAAGAGGCCAGGGGUAAAGUUUCAGCAGUAAAGGCAGCCCUGCCCAAAGGCACAAUGGGUGAUGAUGAGUUGCAUUUGGGGGUUCCUGGGUCUGUAGUUCUCCAGCUGGGCCACCCAUCUAUCAAAGUGGUAUCCACCUUACCUUACAAACCUCCCGAACUCCUCUCAAUCAAUCAGCUGAAGAGUAGAAAGAACCCUGCCCCUUUAGGCACCAACUCUGUAGUUGCCGGGGUGAUAAACGAGGUGAAAUCUGAGGUAGCCAGCGCCACCUGUUGGCCGAAGAACCACAUUGUCUUUCUCAAGACGCACAAAACGGCCAGCAGCACCAUCCUGAACAUCUUAUAUCGCUAUGGCGACAGCCGCAAUCUGACCUUCGCCCUUCCACUGAACAAGCACAGCCAGCUGUUCUAUCCCUUCUUCUUCGCCUCACACUUUGUAGAGGGAGUGAGGAGCCGCAGUGUCAAAGAGUUCAACAUCAUGUGCAACCACAUGAGGUUCAGACCACCAGAGGUGAGGAAAGUGAUGCCCCAGGACACGUUCUACUUCUCCAUCCUGAAGAACCCCGUUGCCAUGAUGGAGUCAAUCUUCAUCUACUACAAGAGCAUCCCCGCCUUCCACAAGGCCCGCAGCCUGGACGACUUCCUUGACAAUGGUUGGCGUGGUUACAACACCUCCCUGCCCAACAACCAUUAUGCCCGUAACAUCCUGACCUUUGACUUUGGCUUCGACAACAACGUCGCAACAGAGACACCCGGAGACCUAGAGACGCGGGGCGCCAAAGCCAUUGGCGCCAUUGAGCAGGACUUCCACCUCAUCCUCAUCUCAGAGUACUUUGACGAGUCCAUGAUCCUGCUCAAGCGUGCCCUCUGCUGGUCUCUGGACGAUGUCGUCUCCUUUAAGUUGAACAGCCGAAGCGAGCGCACACGGCACAUGCUCUCCCCGCACACCGCCGACAAGAUCAGAGCCUGGAAUGCCCUUGACUGGCAGCUCUACCUGCACUUUAACAUCACCUUUUGGCGACGCGUGGACGCUACUGUGGGGCGUGAGGAGAUGAGACGGGAGGUGACUCGGCUGCAGGAGCGACGUGCCGAACUAGCCAAAACCUGCCUGAAGGAUGGUGGUGCAGUGGACCCGUCGCAGGUGAAGGAUGCCGGGCUGAAGCCCUUCCAGUACGGGGCGGCCAUCAUCCAGGGCUACAACCUGAACCCUGGGCUGGUCGGGCCUACCAAAACACACUGUCAGAACCUGGUCACUCCAGAGCUGCAGUACACAGACACUCUCUACACCAAGCAGUUCCCUGAGCUUGCCGCCAGGCAGAGACAGGCUGCCAAACUGGUCGCCUCACAGCGUCAGCCUAGUUCAGUUAAGGUCAACCCGAACAAAGCAGCCAUGACAGGGCCGGUGAGGGUGAGAGAGGCCAGACACAGUAGGACAGCCAGGAGUGGACAUAGAAACCCUCAUGCUCAGAAACAAAAUGACCUCCCCUCAAGUGCCCUGUCUAAAAUCACUGCAGCUAGAAGUGACAGAAACAUGCCUUAAGGGGGGGCUCUUUCAACACAGACUGGGGACUAGUGGGAAGAUCCACAGGAGCUCAUUGCUGCUGCGUACUGGGGUCUUUUUAAGCUGAACAGCCAAUGGCUAUGUUUUGUCUAUACAGUGAGGACCUUUCGCUGCACAUUAUGUUCACUCUGGCUGGCUGCAGUGCACAGGGCCAGUUGGCUGACUUUGGCGGCACUAGGAUAAGCUCUAGUGUUUCUGACAAACGAUGCUGGACCUGUGUGGGUGGAGGGGAUGGAGUUGGGGACGAGAGAAGGAAGAGUAGGAAAGAGAAGGAGAGUGCACCUGCGGUGACUGUCCUGCCUUGACUGGUUGGACUGGAAGUAGCCUUUUGUGGCACACAUCUCCUAAACCCUCUCAUCUAAUAUUUCCCGUUGAUCUUGUUACACCCUGAGGUUUAAAAUUUGAACCCUUGGGGUGUACAGUCGUAGUCAAAAGUUUUGAGAAUGACACAAAUAUUAAUUUUCACAAAGUCUGCUGCCUCAGUUUGUAUGAUGGCAAUUUGCAUAUACUCCAGAAUAUUAUGAAGAGUGAUCAGAUUAAUUGCAAUUAAUUGCAAAGUCUCUCUUUGCCAUGCACAUGAAUUGAAUUCCCCCAAAAACAUGUCCACUGCAUUUCAGCCCUGCCACAAAAGGACCAACUGACAUCAUGCCAGUAAUUCUCUCGUUAACACAAGAGUGAGUGUUGAUGAGGACAAGGCUGGAGAU